AUGGCUAAGCCAACAAGUGCAACUCCAUUUAAAAUUCGUGAGAGUACACGAUUUUAUCCUUACUUUAAGGAUUGCAUUGGAGCUAUGGACGGUACACAUAUCCCAGCAAUGGUAGAGAAAAGAAAUGCAGCCGUUUAUCGGAAUCGACAUGGAAUUACAUCUCAAAAUGUAUUAGUGGUUUGCAACUUCGACUUGGAGGUCAUAUACGUGCUCAGUGGAUGGGAAGGGUCUGCUCAUGAUUCGAAAAUACUUAACGACGCAAUGACAAAAAGAAAUGGACUGAAAAUACCGCAAGAGGAAGAGGAAGAUAGUCAUCCAUCAACGCUUGUAAAUGACGAUGAAAUUUUGACACAACAAACUCAAGAACAACAACGUCAAGAAGCUAAUGCAUGGAGAAAGAGUAUAGCGGAUGAU